AUGGCCCAGUCCCUGGUCCUAGUGGAUGCUGCCCUGUGCAUUUCGCCAACCGUCCGACGUCCCAAAUCUGCAGGGGGACCAAGGCGGCAAACGGAGAGGCUGGGUCGGGCGCCUGACGCGGAGCGUCGCCACGAUGGCGCGAGAGCGGUGGCUUCAUCAGGCAGCAACCAAUCCGACUCAAGGAGCACAGAUGGAGCUGUUCUCAUAUUGCCGGGAUUUUUGUCUGGCUCAGAGGCCUACUCAGACAUGAAAAUGGCAAUGAGGGACAUGGGUUUUGCUGCAGAGGUUGUACCCAUCAAAAAAAGUGAUUGGUAUCCAACCUUGUGGGGGUCGAGCUUUGAGUUCUACCUGGAGCCUUUGGCAGAGCGAAUUGAUGACAUGCACAGCGAAUUCGGAAAAAUAUCGCUGGUUGGCCAUUCGGCUGGGGGAUGGUUGGCACGGAUUUGCUUGGGUGACAAAGAAUACAAUGGUCAGUUGUGGGGUCGCAGUGGCAAAGUGCACACCCUCAUCACUUUGGGUGCACCACAUCUGUCAAAAGAGCUGUAUCCGUUUGGGCGGGUCCAGGAGAAGGUGACUGGGCCUGUGGACGUCAGUCUUCCAGAGGCUGCGGCCGGCAGCAGCUUGCAGUUUGCAAAUCAUUUCUAUCCAACAGCUGCUUCCUUGGGAAACGUCAAUGUGGUUUGCGUUGUCGGCAAGUUGACCACAGGCCGACCACUGACUCUAUCUGAACGAUGGCAGUACUACAGUCAACUGAAACGAGUCCCGAAGGAGGUUGCACGGAAAGAUUUUGCAUUCGCUUCUUACAAGGCGAACUGUGGAGAUGGGCAUGCCACUGGGGACGGCGUGUGUGACAUCAACACGGCCCUCCUUCCCAGCGCCCGGCACGUGAUUCUCGACAGCGUGUACCACAGCCCUGGCAGCGGCUUGAGCUGGUACGGAAGCAGGGAGGUCAUUCCUCAAUGGUCGACGUACAUUGGGAAGCGGUGA